UAAACAACAUCGGCUCUGUAUAUUUUAAUUUGUAAAAAAUAUAAACUACACACCUUUUGCCGUGUAAUCAUUAUAAACAUUUGCUGUAUAUCACUAAAAAGCUGUGCAAGUGUUAUCCUAGUAAAACAAUAACUGUAUCAGUGUAAUUAAUAAAAAGUGUGGUGCCCCUGUUGACUGUAUACAAACAUUUUUAUUUUUUUUAUAUUAAACGGUGCAGUGCUUACAACAUUUACCUUUCAAGCUAUUAGUUUUUAUCUGGUGAACAUUCAUACUGUGUGGCAUUUCGAUAUUUAUCAAAAAGUGGACAAAUUGUGGUUCAACGCUUCGUUAAUUUUUAAAUUAUCGCGUCUCCGUCUAUUAUUUACGGGACCAGUACCGACAUCUAUAUUUAGUGACUCUUACUACUUUCACCAUAUUUGGGUGACAUCAUUACUUCCAAAAUAAUACGGGCAUUCUGCGCAAGAUGGCGCCCUCAAUAAUUUGCGGAAGUUGCUUAUUUAAAAUUGAAAGUAGACAAUAUCUUAAAUGUUUUUUCUGUUCUAAAUACUAUGACUUAACUUGUGCUAAUGUAAGCGAAAAACGAUUUUUCAAUACCAUGUCAUCUGAGCAUAAAAAGAACUGGAAAUGUAUUAAAUGUAUUAACAAUAAAGGUCUUAAGUCUGGUAAUUCACCUGCGACGCCACAAACCCUUACAGAUGAGCAUGAUGGAUCGAUUCAUUCUCCUAUAGUACCUACUCGAAACAUCAACAGGCCCAUAGCUAAUACUACCCAAUUUAAGAGCAAUAAAAAUCAACAAAUUACACCACCUAUGGCGCCCCCUAUACCUACUGAGCAACACACAUUAGAAACGAUAUUAUCUGAGAUACGUCUAAAUCGGGAAGAAAUGCAGGCCACUCGUACUGAAAUCCGCGAAUUGAGAAGUGCCUUCACUGCUGCAAUUGGAAACUGCAACCAGCGUAUCGACGAGCUCUUCUUGCGUGUGGAAGCUAUCGAAGCCGGUGCGCGGUUGCAGCGAGAAUCCCCAGCCGACAUGCCAGCCCCUACAUCCAGUGAAAUUUUAAAUUUAGAACAAACAAUUGCUACCUUGAAACUAGACAUCAAUGAUCGCGAUCAGCAGCUCUUAAACAACGAUAUAGAAAUAGCAGGUAUACCUGAAUAUCCGAACGAACUAGGUAUUCACAUGGCCAUUACUUUAUCAUCAAAACUGGGCAUCUCUCUGGAAGAGCGAGACAUAGUAAGCGUCGAACGCGCGGGACCCGUUAAGCCGGCGAGGCCCCUACAGCAGGACAGUGACAGCAAGCGUCCACGGCCUCUCGUCGUGAAGCUGGCACGCCGUGUCCUCCGCGAUCAGCUGUUGAAUGCAGCACGAGUACGCCGAGGGCUCUCUACGGCAGCUUUAGACUUCUCGACCACUUCUCCCAUCUAUAUCAACGAGCGACUUACCCGCACCAACCGACAACUCUUCUAUCAGGCCCGUGCAGAAGCUUCACGUUUACAGUGGAAAUACGUAUGGACUCGGGACGGAAAUAUCUUCGUGCGCAAGGAACACGGAUCUUCUCGCUAUCGUAUACGUACUGAAACUGACAUAACAAAAAUUUUUUGUUCUUAAUUUUGUUAGCUCGCCAGAUUUGUGUCAGUAUAAAAUUAUCAAUUAAGGUAGCGUUCAAAAAUACAUUAAAAUCUUUAAAUUACUAUUUACACCUUAAUCCCAUCUCUAAACUGUCAAUCCAUGCAUAUACAGACAUAUUGUUUCACACAUUUAACUUUUGUGCAAUAUUCAAUGUUAAGUCAAUUACUGUGAAUUUUACUUAUUUUCUUAUUAUAAUUUUUUUAAUAUGUUAUCUAGUACAUAAGUGUAACAUUACAUUACGCCCUAUAUAUCAAAAAAUUAUUAUUU